AUGGCUACAGCACGCAAAGUCCAAUUGUCCCUGGCCAACGCUGGCGUCUUCUCAGCGGGGCCUAGAGAAGACACUGCUCAAACGGCAAGCCAGCUCCUGCAGGACGAUCUAGAGAACCACCAUGUGUUCUUUAAUAAUGAAGGAUUUCAUAAUCAUCUGGUUCACCAGAUCCUGACAAUGUUCGCGCUUGGAGCGUCGCCGGAUGAGGUUACGGCCGCGUACAACAGGAACAAAAAUUACCAAAGACCGGCCUUGCCUUCGGAUGAGGCCGUUGUUCAGUCUCUGUCCGACAAGGCUCGGUUCAGAGAGUUGACCGGGAAGGGGCAGAACUAUCCCCAUUUCUUGGCCUUUUUCCAGCAGGAGAUCGACAAGAAGGGGGUGGGGUAUGUCCUCAAUGAAUAUGUAUUCAAGGGAGACGAUAAUGCCGAAGACAUGUUGAGCAGACUGUUUGGGGGUCUGCUGCAUCCAAUCAUCCACUUGGGAUUUGGCCUUGAGUUUCACCAGCCGGCUAUUGUCGCAGAGGCUCUCGCGCAAACAGCUGUCCACGAAGACACAGUCGCGCGUCUGUUCCUCUUACCGGCAGAGACCCGCGCAGGCGGUGUUGGCAAGCCCGGGAAGAAGCCAAUGCUGCAGAUUCUGGAGGAGAUCCGUGCGAACCAAAAACUAGCGAAUUCUGUCCAUUGGUCUGAUGGGAACAAGAUCCGAGACGGAGUUCUCAAACGAGCCUCGGAGGAGAUGAUCCAACAUGCGGCUGAAUUCACCGUAUCUGAGGAUCAAGUGACUGAAAAAGUCGCGGAGAUGAUCAACGUUCCCGUUUACUACACGAGUGCCGCCCAACGCCCCCCCAAGAAGAUCAAAUUGGACUUCUUUUUUCUGCACUCGCUCAACUCGUCCAUCUUCCUCUCCACCUUCGUCGCACUGCCGUUCCUCGAUGUACGCUCGAAACUCCGUCUUUUGGAGUGGAAAGGGAGAAUGGAUCUUCUGCUAUACGUAUCCCGCGGUACACCUAAUCUCCUCUUAGACGAGGUGACGGGCCAUCGGGCAUCCGAUAGCUGGAACACGCUAUUCGCCCAUGGCAACGCGCACCCCGGUGAUGAUGGCCACCUUUCAAAAGCGAUGCGGGCGAUCGCUCACGGCGAGAUCAUUUGUCGUCCGUUCGAGGCGCAAGCUCGCGAGGGGAGAUUGGCGAUUACCGGGGAUAUGUGGCUGAAGGUUGGCAACAUGGCCAAGGAUUCAACCCUUAAAUCGGACAACAUGUGGGUGCGAUCCACGGGAUUCGAAGAAGCUUGGGCUGGGGUUGAGGACCGAGCACGUCUAUAG